GUUGAUCGAGAAAGUAUGGAGAACGACGAUCUAUGGACCACGUCGGUGCAGGUUCAUAUGGUGAUGUCUGGAAAUGCAAUUAUACUAAUGCAAAUGGUAUUUCUACCCUCGUUGCGGUCAAGGCUUUCAAACUUCCAGAACAUUAUGAUUUAGAGAAACUCAACAGGAAAAUCAGCCGGGAAAUCGGCAUAUUGAAGAUUCUACACCAUAACAACAUUGUACCCUUGUUGGGUAUAGCGACAGGAUUUGGAUCCAGGCCAGAAUUGCGCUGCUUAGUUUCUCCGUGGAUGCCAAAUGGCACAUUGAAUGCAUACCUAAUAUCUAAGCACAACGAUCUAACAGUCUUGGACCGUUCGCGUAUGAUGGAGGAUGUCAGCGCUGGACUUCGUUACCUGCACUCGCAUUCUGUCGUGCACGGGGAUAUAACAGGGGCAAAUAUACUGAUCGACGAGGGAGGUCAUGCGAGGUUAAUCGAUUUUGGUCUUUCCACCAUUACACAACCCCUUCUUGGCCAGUCGCAUUUGGCUGUGACAUCUAUACAUCAUGGAGCAAUCCCCUAUGCUGCGCCAGAACUCAUUCUACUAGAAACUACAUGUGACCCAGGGUUGGAGGAAAAAAUCGAUAUCUACUCCUUUGGUUGUGUAAUGCUUCAAAUUCUCUCGGGUCGGCCCCCUUGGUCUGAGAUUAAAGCUGCAAAGCCGGUGGCACGCAUUAUUACCCUGAUGUCCCGAGGUUGUAGACCGCAGCGUCCAGAUGGUCAUCCUGAAAUAAUGGAGUCUGAUUGGAACUUCAUCCAGAAAUGUUUGCAAUCCGAACCUGAACUUCGACCUUCAGCAGAUAAAGUACUUGAUUUUGUCAUGCAUAGGUUUUCCUCUCCUGGUAAAUCCUCAUGGUCCGUGGUGUUUUCCAGCCAUCGACUGACACGAGCUUCAAGACUCUUGUAGUAAACCGCCUGACGAUCAUCCCGAUAAUGCGCCGGAUG